GCGUGAGUCUUGGUUGUGUCCGCUGUAACUGCUACAUGGUCACUCAAAGGGUCUGGGUGCAGUUUGUUCCCCUCUUCUAAAAUGGAGCUAGCGGAGCUGGAAGCCAUGAAUUUGACGGUGGACGCGUCUUCAGCGCAGCCUUUCUGUGAGGAGUGGAGGGACGGCACCGAAGGCUCCGUGUUCCACCUCUCCCACAUCUUCCUGGUCCUCGGCUUCAUGGGCGGCAGCGGCUUUUACGGGCGUCUUUACAUGUUUAGCUUCCUGACUCUGGGCUUCUUCUGCGCCUCUCUGUGGGCAUGGUCGGACCCCUGCACCACUGACUCGUUCCUGUGGAGCUUUGCGCUCUUCGGGGUGUGUUUAGGUCAGGCUGUGUACGUUGCCUACAGGCUGAGGAGCCUCUCCUUCGACAAAGAUUUGCAGGAUCUUUACAACUGCCUGUUUAAAAGACUCGGAGUGUCGCUCGCGCAGUUUGGGAAGAUUGCAGCGUCUAGUGAUGCAGAGGUUCUCAUGUUGGAGAAGGACCACUGCUUUGCUGUGGAAGGAAAAACGGCCAUAGACAAGCUGUCCGUCUUGCUGUCUGGCAGAGUCCGUGUGACCGUUAAUGGAGAGUUCCUUCAUUAUAUCUACCCUUUUCAGUUUCUGGAUUCACCUGAAUGGGACUCUCUGAGGCCGUCAGAGGAGGGUGUUUUCCAGGUGACCCUGCGUGCCGACAGCCCCUGUCGAUAUAUAGCAUGGAGAAGGAAGAAACUCUACCUGCUCUUUGCUAAUCAUCGGUACAUUGCUAGGAUCUUUGCGCUGGUUGUGCGCAACGACAUUGCCGAGAAGUUGUUCUCACUGAAUGACAAGACAUUUGAUAAGUCAGGACACCGCUAUGAUCUCCGCUUACCCAGCUGCUGGCACAUACCAGGGACAGAUUUAGACCAGUCACAUGAUGUCCUGCAAGUGCCUGUGCAGGGUGGAAAGGGCUGAAUAUGCACACAAACAUGUACACUCCCAGGUCUUCAGCAUACGGAGCAGAUGUUUCUGAUGGAUCUUCAGUAAAAACAGGUCUAACCUGAGAGCUUGGAAACUUUCAAGUGCUCAUAUGAGUUGUAUUUUCCCUUCCAGUGGUUUUAGUUCAUGUUUGAUUAUUUUGUACCGUAGAAAUAAACAAUACCUUUUUAUUCUUUGUAGAUGUGAUGCUGGACUACAGUGCAAACAAUA